AGCGGUAACUUUAGUGUAUUCAGAACCAGUACGGUUUGAUAAUUAUAAAGUGUUCAGUGUUAUUCCACAUCAUGAGAAAGAUUUGGAAAUUUUGAAUUUCUUUAAAAAAUCACAGUAUGAUUUUUGGACAGAUUUCAAGGGGCUAUCCAAAGGCGUGCAUAUUAUGGUAGCACCUCACCAACAAAAUGAAUUUGUUGAAAUUCUGUCUAGAAAUGGAAUUUCAUUCGAGCUUUAUAUUGAAAAUGUUCAAAAGCUUAUCGAUAAUGAGAAAUCUUUACGCUCAAAUUCAGGGUUUAAUUUUGAAAAUUACCAUAGGCUCAGCGUGAUUAACGAAUAUUUGGGUGCUUUAGCCGCAAAUAAUUCCCAAGUUGAAGUAGUAAUUGGUGGUAGAUCAUAUGAAGGACGUAAUAUUACAGGAGUCAAAGUCUCUUAUAAAAAAGGAAACCCAAUUAUUUUAAUUGAAGGAGGUAUCCAUGCUAGAGAAUGGAUUGGACCAGCUACAGCUUUAUAUCUUUUAACGCAAUUAUUGACUAGUAAAGAUAAAAAUGUUCGCCAUCUUGCUGAAGAUUAUGACUGGCAUAUUUUCCCAUCUGUUAAUCCUGAUGGCUACGAAUAUACUCACACUAGCGAUCGUAUGUGGCGUAAAACUAGACAACCAGGCAAAAUUUGUGUUGGAGCUGAUGCAAAUCGUAAUUUUGAUACUCAUUGGGGAGAAGAGGGAGCAUCGGACUACGAAUGUGAUGAAACAUACGCUGGAAGCAAAGCAUUCUCAGAAAUUGAAGCCAAAACAUUAUCUGAAUACGUAGAUAAAAUUUCUAAGGAUCUUCAUGCUUACAUAUCUUUCCAUUCAUACUCCCAAGUAAUGCUAAUUCCUUAUGGCCAUACUACGCAACAUUUAGAUAACUUUGAUGAUUUGCUUCAAAUUGGUGAAAAGGCUGUAGAAGCAAUAGGUCAAAGAUAUGGUACAAAAUACGAAGUUGGGUGUACCAGUGAAAUUAUGUAUGCUGUUUCUGGCGGCAGUAUUGAUUGGGCUAAAGCGAAACACAAGGUACCAAUCACAUAUACCUAUGAAUUACGUGAUACUGGUCGACAUGGAUUUGUUUUACCUCCAGAACAAAUUAUUCCAACUGGAGAAGAAACUUUGGAUUCAUUAUUAGCUUUAUUUAAAGAAGCUGAAAAUAUUGGCUACAAACGACACUCAAAAAUGAAGUCAAUAAUAUGUGUUUUAUUGUUAACGACCUGUGUGAUUUGGAUCGAAGCGAAACGUGAACGAUAUGAUGAAUAUACAGUGUAUCGAAUUAAACCAAAAAAUGAAGCACAAAUGAAAUUAAUUGAUGAAUUAGAAAAGAAUGAGGGUUUAGAUUUAUGGACUAAAGUAAGACAACCAUACGUGGAUAUUAUGAUUUCACCAAAACAAAAGCAACGGUUUCAUGAAUUUGUCGACAAAUAUAAUUUGGAUACCUCAAUUUUCAUUGAGAAUGUUCAAAAGUUAAUUGAUGAGGAAGUACAAAUGAGCAAACGAAAUCAAGAAGAUGACUCAGAGUUCAAUUUUGUGGAUUAUCAUAGACUUGAUGUUAUUUACGAUCAUUUGUAUAAAUUGGAAGCACAAUAUCCAGGUGUAGCAAAAGUUGUUACAAUUGGUAAAAGUUAUGAAGGUCGUAACAUCACAGGACUUCAUAUUUCCCGUAAGCAAAAUAAUCGUACAAUAAUUAUCGAAGGUGGCAUACAUGCUCGUGAAUGGAUUGCACCAGCCACUUCUAUGUUUAUUCUGUCACGACUCUUGAACAGUUCGAAUCUUCUGCAACAAUAUCUCUCCGAACAAUUUGAUUGGUAUAUAUUUCCAGUUGUAAAUCCAGAUGGCUAUGAAUAUACACAUACCACGAGUCGCUUGUGGCGUAAAACACGACAACCAAAUAAUGGAAGCCGGUGUGUUGGUACUGAUGCAAAUCGUAAUUUUGAUUUCCAUUGGAUGGAGAUUGGAGCCAGUAGCAAUCCAUGUUCCGAAUCAUAUGGUGGAGCUUCUGCUUUUUCCGAACCUGAAACAAGAGCAUUGUCUGAUUUUAUUAAAACGCAAAAAGAUACUUUAUGGAUGUAUAUCGGAUUCCAUUCAUAUUCUCAAUUACUACUAUUCCCAUAUGGUCAUACACCAGAGCAUGUAGAGAAUAACGACGAUUUGCAAACAAUUGGAAAUGCAGCCGCUACAGCCUUACUUGUCCGUUUUAAUACAACUUACACUGUUGGACCUGUUUACGAAACAAUUUAUGCUACAACAGGAAUAACAAUGGAUUGGGUUAGAGGUGUUUUAGGAACACCAUUAACAUUUACUUAUGAACUUCGGGAUACAGGGCGUCACGGAUUUGUUUUACCAGCAGAUCAAAUUAUUCCGUGUGGAGAGGAAAUAGUUGAUUCGGUUCAAGCAUUGAUUUCUCAAGCUGAAAAAUUGGGAUAUUAAUUGUAACUUUUUUUCA